AUGUGGGUUUUGUUUUUAGCCUCAAUAAUUGUGAUUGCAGAGGCGGAAGAUAUAAAAAUAAGUGAUAAACAAAAAUUAAUAUUUCGUAAGUGUUGUCCUGAAAAUCAAAGUUUAAUUAAAGUGACUGAAGUUAAUGAGACACUUAGUGAACUAUAUGAGUGUCACGAUGGUGUGAUUUUAGAGGAAAUUUAUGGUAUAGUAAGUGAACCCCUCUAUGUCAGAAGUAGUGUGCUGGUCAAAAAUGGUCUUCCUAAGGACUGUGAUGAAUUGCAAAUGGUUACAGUAAGUAUUGCCGAAACGGAAACAUUGCCAAAGGAAAAUAUUUGCUAUGACAUGCUUGUUGCUGAAGUCGUUAAUGGUACUUUAAAACAAAAUGUACCGAAAACAGUCGCAUUGUCUUGUAAUCAAAGUGAUAAUGUAAUCGUAAGUGAACCUAAAUUAAAGAUACACGCAUUUCGUAAAUGUUGUCCCAGAGGUCAGAGUUUUGACACAAAAUACCACGAAUGUCGACUAAAUAAUAAACAAAAUAACAAAAAUUGGUUACCUCAUCAACUUGAUUUAAGCUCUGGUCACAUAUAUGAAACAGAUUAUGGUCUACCAUGCAAAUUUGAUGAAUACGCCGUGGAGUUAUAUGAAAGUGCCUUUAUAUUAUCUGUAGAAGGCAGUACUUUAUUUGCUUUAAGUAGAAGUGGAGAAAAAGACAGCAGGUUAAUGCGAGGAGAAUGGUGUAUGGAUCAAGAACAUGGUACUCGUAGAGUCAUAGCACAAGUUUGUACACGGAACUGCGAUACGUUUAGCGCUUAUUGUGUAAGAAAAUGUUGUCCAGCUGGACAACAUUUUAAACUUCGCCGCUGCGGGAGCUAUGCUAGUGUAUGUGUUCCAAAUGAAGAUGACGACGCUCGUUUUAAUAUUUCUACCUAUUUAGACCCAUUACAAAGAGAAUAUGAAAAUAUAUUCGACGUAAUGGGUGUGAGAAUAGGCUUGCAAUGUCCCGCUGGGAGAUACGGGCUUAAUACGUCACUUCCUCAAGAUCAGCAUCAUUUAACUCGUAAUUCCUACCUGGAGACUCCUACGACUCUUACGCACAAUUAUUGUCUAGAGAUGUUCGAUCGGCGGGAAUGCCCUGAACAUAAUGACGUCAUCGUCAGUGGCGUUUUGUGCUUUUUGCCAGCCACACUAACUAAGGAUUUUCGCGUUUCUUUUGUAAUAAUAACAAUAUCAAGCGUUUGUCUUGCAUUGACCUUGAUCGUGUACUCCGUCUUGCCGGAGCUGAGGAACCUGCAUGGUCGCACUCUGAUCUGUCACGUCAGCAUGAUGCUGCUCGCCUGCGCUUGCCUCGCCCGAGUACAGCACAGCGCCGUAGAGGACUAUCGACUUUGUACACUAUUGGGGUACGGCAUAUACUUUGGAUUUGUUGCGGCGUUCUCUUGGCUCAACGUCAUGUGCUUCGACAUCUGGUACACAUUUGGGAGCGUUCGCACAGUUCAGCCUCUUCGCAAAUCCGCGUCAGAACGACGAAGGUUUUUGUGGUAUUCUCUCUACGCGUGGAGUAUCGCAGUGAUGCUUACCCUGACGAUGUUCCUUUUGGAUAGAUAUCCUAUUUCUGCAGUUUUGGACGCCAAUAUUGGAAACGGUGCUUGCUGGUUUGGAUCAGUUCAAAACACGCAAUCGGAUUGGCCACACUAUAUAUUUUUUGUGGUACCGAUGGGUAUUGUAACCUGUGUUAAUUUUAUACUGUGGUUGCUCACGUCUCGUCACUGCGCCCAAGUUAAAUCCGAAGUCCAUCGCCUUCAAGCUGGUUCAGUUGGAGAUCGUGCAAAGCGGAGAUUCAGAAUUGACAGGGCAAAAUACAUUCUCACCGGAAAGUUAUGGGUAGUCAUGGGAGCGGGAUGGAUUUCCGAACUUCUUUCCACAAUAGUCUCUGAACCGCAGUGGCUAUGGAAUAUCGUCGACCUUUUUAAUGAGUUGCAAGGAGUUUUUAUAUUUUUAAUCCUAGUGGUCAAGCCAAAGCUGUAUUAUCUUAUCCGAAAACGAAUCGGUUAUUCUCGGACUCCGAUUGAUACAAGAUUGGAGAAGCCGGAUGCACAGAACAAUGCUGCUUCAUCAGGUCGGACUUCAUCAACUUUCCUGUCGAGAACUAUCAGUUCAGACGAGCGUACCAACAUGCGGAUAUCGUUACCUAAUAACAUCAAGCAACCUUAA